UCGAAGUACUGAGUGCCGUGUCUUCAUUACCUACUUGCUCUGUGGUACUAAGUGCCGUCUUUCUCAUAUAUAAAAAAGUACUCUGUGGUGCCAUCUCUUCCUAUAUUACUUGCUAUGUGAUCUUAUCGCUAUAAAAUCGCCGAUAUCCAACUCGACGGUCCAUAUUCUAAAUUUUAUCCCAAUAUUGCUUUCUGCGUAAAGUGAUAAGUGAUUAUAACUUACUCUGUGCGUCCGGCAUAAUCACAGCCGUACAGCCGUCGAUUCGGCAUAAAUAUUCGUUGCUCUUCAUCGAACAUAAUAGGUAUUUAACAUGGAAUGUAAAAACUUAGUACAACGAGGUAAUACCCUUCAAGUUGAAAUAGUUGUCAAUUAUAGUCCUACAUAUUAUGAUACUUUCGAAAGUCCUAACUACAUUAUCAGUGGCCUUGGUGUGUUCCAAUUAAAAUUAGUAUUUAUAUUUAGUAAAAACUUAAAUACUGCAGGUUUCGGGAAUCCAGCAUAUGAAUACAGAAAUUUGAUUUUCAUAAAAUUCGUAAAACGGCGAGAAGAGGUUAAUUUUAAAUACAAUAUCGAAUUCACCAGCCGUGCAUUGAAAAUUAUUAACAAAAAUUUUACAAGUGACGAUAGAAAUUGGCGUUUAAUUUAUGAUGACAAGAGAGUUAGUUCAUAUACCAUUGAUGUUUCAAUUGUAAUGAACAUUCUACCGCCUGCUAGUGCCUUUGCAUCUCUGCAUAAGGACAGGGAUUUCAUUGAUUUUGAGUUAAGAGGUGAAGAUGGAUCAGUACACAUGCAUAAAGCUGUACUUGCCGCUUCCAGUCCAGUUUUACAUAGGAUGUUAGGUGGCACUUGGAAGGAGAGCACUGAAGGCCUUGUAGAUGUGCCCGGCACGACCAAAACCACACUGGAAGCUUUUAAAGACUAUUUAUAUUUGCAUUCUUUACCUGACACUGGUUUGGAACAUUUGCUCCUUCUUGCUUCUUAUUAUAUGAUGCCAGAUUUAGAAGAAUUAUGUGUGCAUAAGCUGGUGGACUGUCUAAGAGCUGAAAAUGCAUGUGAUUUGCUAGAGUUUGCUGCAAAACAUAAGAUGACAAGACUUUUAAUUGCAAUACUGGAGUCUGUUCAGAAUGGGGAGGUCAGUGUUGAAGAUAUGAGGGAACAUUUUAUGAAUGAGGUUAAAAAUAAAAUAGAGAAUAUGCACUAACAAAAACAAGAUGGAGUAACUUUCUAUAGUAAUUUUCUGAUUUUCAAAAAUUCGUAACUCAAAAACUAAAAGUUUCCUUGGUGUGAAAUUUCAGAUUUGGGUUCCAUAGGACAAUAGCUAACCGCAAAAAAAUUGACGACUCUCAACUCCACGCCCUAUAAUGUACAGUUUAGCCUAAUAUAUUUUCAUGUAAGAAUAAAUACAUAAGUAAAUAACUCAUUUUUGUACCAUGGACCUAAACUUAAAACGUCUUAUGUAUUUAAUGUAUGGGUAAAGUGGAAAGAAAAGUGUGAGCAUUUUUUUUUUUAUUGUAUCAAAAUGAUAAAACACAAUAA